AUGCAGCAACAUCUUCUGACCUGCUUUAAAUGCCCACAAGCCGUAAAAAAACAAAUUAACGAUGUCAAUAAGUCACAAUCCAACUUAACACCAGAAUCCACAACCACUUCAUUGAACUCGGAGAACACAUCGACCGAGAAUAUUAGAAAUUUAAGAGAAGAGUUUGCGAAGGCUCUAUUAAUCACGGGAACACCUCUAGCAAUGGUAGAACACCCAUUGUGGGUAAAAUUUUUUGAAAAAUUAAAUUUUAAAUUGCCUAAUAGAAAGUCUAUUGCAACUAAAUAUCUAGAAAAAAUAUAUAAAGAGAUGAAUAAAGAAAUCAGUGAUGAUUUAAAAGCAUCAAAUUUUCUACACUUGCAAUGCGACGGCUGGACUGAUGUUUGCAAUGAAGGCAUUAUAAAUUUUUUAAUAUCCAAGCCAGAACCUGUUUUUAUAAAAAGUCUGAACACACUUGAUAAUCGGCACACAAGUGAGUAUUUAAGUUGUGAAACUGAAAAAGUAAUGAAAUCUUACGGAGUGAGUAAAUUUGUGGUCCUUAUUGGAGACAACGCACGAAAUGUCCAAAAGUCAUUCGAAAGGAUAAAAAACAAAUACCCACAUAUUGUGCCAUUGAACUGUGCUGCUCAUACUAUGAAUUUAUUGUGCGUUGAUGUAAUAAAAGCACCCGAAGUUAAAGCUUUCAUAGAUCUCGCAACAGAUGUUAUUAAAAAUAUUAAAAAAAGUCAAAUCUUAAGUGCUUUAUUAAGUAAAAUUAGAAAAGAAAAAAGCUCUAGUCAGAGUCUAAAAUUAUCCUGUAAGACAAGAUGGGGCAGUCAUGUCAGUGCACUAAAAAGUCUGAAAAUUAAUAAAGCUGCACUACAGACUUUAGCUGUUAAUGACAACCUUCAGCCAACGCCCGAUAUUAAAUCUACACUUUUAAAUGAAGAUUUCUGGUCUAUGAUAGAACAAUCCAUCAGUGUUCUUGAGCCUAUAGCAGAAAGUAUCUUUAAACUAGAAGGCAACGAAUUCAACAUACAUGAAGUAUUUAUGGUGCUAAGAAACCUUAAAUCAAAGUUAGAAUUUGUGUUACCAACAAUCACCAUGCUGGAUGACGAAAGCAAGGAGAACAUAAAAACUUAUAUUGAAAGACGAGUUAAGCAGUGCAUAAAACCAAUACAUUACGCGGCCUACAUGUUUGAUCCUAAAGCUGCUGGCAUUGAACUAAAUCAUGAAGAUACUGUUCCAGACAGGUCCGACAUGGAAGACACAGAUGAUGAUAUGUUGCACGAUGCUGCCAUGGAGGGUCAAAUACAAGAGGAUAUGGAAUCUUCUCUUAGGGAGGAUAUAUGGAACGAUAUGGAACCAGUAGCUUCAACUUCACGACAAACUAAUCAUAUUGAAUUCGUAAAUAUUAGCGAAUGUUUAUAUGAUACCGAUAGUGAUUAG